AUGAGUAAUAUCAAUGAUAUAACAGAAGCAAUUCAAAAGAUAAUUUCUGCCAAAGAUGCCAUAAUAAAUGAAAUCAAGGCAUUGAUUGUUCUCGCCAAUGAGUUCUUAGAAUUCCGCAAUAUUUACACAAAAAAUUAUUUUGCAAGAAGAGAUCAUGUUAUUAAAAAGCUUAGCUUUGAAAAUCUUUCAACUCCUACAUUAGCAGAAGGUCUCAAGUCAUUUAUCCUUUCAGAUUUUGCAAAACCAACAUCUUGGGAACAUAUCUGCGAUUAUAUUGAAAAUAAGUUCAUACCGGAGAUGGAAUCCAUUUACAAAUCAUAUCAAGAAUCUAUUGCAGAAGCCCAAACUAAAUUAAACACAACAAUUGAAGUAUAUAAAAAUGCAAAGCAUGAAUAUACUGAACUCCUUAAGGAUAAUAUUUGUUACAUCAACGAAUUAGAACAACUAAAUGCAAAUCAGACUUCGAAAAAGAAUGAAGAUCUUUUUGUCAAUAAAGCUUUCGAUUAUAGGCCUUUUGUAGAAAAAAUGGAUGGAUACCUUGAUAUAUAUAACGUAGAGGUUGAUGGAUUAUACAAAGCUGUUGAUAUUUUCAUAUCAGAAUUUGAAUACAUUGAUAAAAAGAGAGCUAUGCGAUAUAACGUAUUACUAACUGAAUUGGCAGACAAACUUACUAAGUCUACACAUACUCAGGAUGAAUUACUUUCUGAUUUGUUUAUGGAAUAUAACGCUAUUGAUAUUAAGAGCGAUUUGCAGACACUUCCAGCAUGGAAUGCACCUGAAGAAGUGUCUUCUCUGCCGGAAGAAAUGCCAGAAGAGAAUCUAAGCUUUGAUAUCAAUAAUUUUCUUUCAAAAUGA